AACGCUGGUUUUACCAGAAAAAUUCCUGCGGUGGAGCAUUGCACGAUCAGCAACCACGGCCCUAUGGAGCGUAGCUGCAAAAGAAGAGUCCCGAUAGGGCAAAAGAGAAACCUGAAGCACAAUAUCUACAUCGAGUUAGCGACCUGCACCUCUCCCGUAAAUUGUUGCAGGGUUACCCCAUUGUACUGAGUCGCGGCGAAUUGGCAUCCAGAAUAGGGCUGAGCUUGGGCUGAACUCAGCUCCCUUGCUGACCAUCCAUGCGGCUCUUUUCACCACAAAAAAGCCUCAUGACCACUAUUUUGGGGAUGUGGUGCUGACACCGAGGUGCACUGUUUGCCAAUCCCUUCGAUUCCAAGCGGACGCUCCCUCUGAUUAUUUUGCAUGUGCCCGCCCCAACGUGUCAUUGCUUCCUUAAUAUAGAAUCCCCCAUGGUGAAACCAUGCAUGGUAACGUGUAUAUCUGCAGUACCUGCAUCUGCCUGUCGCUUUGCGGAAUAAGUAGCAAUCGUCAGCUUCAUGAACCCAAAACAAACAUGAAGCUCUCAACCUUCUUCCUCCCUUCCCUCUCUCUCCUUGUCGCAUGCGCCCAAUGCGCCUCACAAACUGGGGGCUGUGGCCAGCCUCUACCUACCGGGGUCAAACCCGGCGUGCUCGCAGCAUCAAACACCCCUCUGCACAUCAACAGCGGAAACCGAAAACGAACAUACCUCGUCCACGUACCUGAAAAGUACGACGUCAACAGCGCCGUGCCUCUGAUUCUCUCCUUCCACGGCCGCGCCAAGACCGCAACAGAGCAGGAGGGGCUGUCUCAAUUCUCAAACUCGUCGUACAACCCUGACGGCAUCGCCGUGUACCCCGAGGGUGUACCAGACAAAAACGGCACCCAGCAAUGGACCGGCGAUCCCGACGCCCCCGCCGACAUCGACGACAUCCUCUUUACGUCUGACCUGAUCGACCACCUCCUCAGCCGCUACUGCAUCGACCCUUCACGCGUCUACGCAGCCGGGAAAUCCAACGGCGGUGGUCUCGUGGGCCUGCUCGCUUGCGAUGUCGGUACUUCAUCAAAGAUCGCGGCUUUCGCUGCUGUAUCCGGUGCGUUUUACCUCAACGAAUCGACGGGCGAGCUACCGCCAUGCAAGCCCGCUCGCGUGCCGAUCCCGAUCCUGGAGACGCAUGGAUUGAAAGACCACACGAUAAACUACACCGGCGGGCCUGACGCGUCGAACCGUGGAGAUACGAUACCCAUAGUAUCGUGGGUGGACGACUGGGCGACGCGGGAUGGUUUCGAGGUUGAUACGAAUAAGACGACGACGUUGUGCGGCGACGGAGCUAGGACGGUGAAGCGGUAUAACUGGGAGGAAACUGUGUUGUAUUGA